AUGGGCCGCCGCAGGGGGCUGCAUACCUGUGCCCUGGAGCCGCCCAUCUCGGGCGAGCGUGUCGAGCAGCGUCGUAGCGCGCGAUUCGGAUCCAGGAACUCGCACGGCGACGCUGGGCAGCGAUUCGCGGUCCAAGAAUGGAAUGCUUCAUCGGGGAGGACGAGGGGCGUCAAGCCGUUUCAAGGACCAGCGCAGGAAACAGACGACAGCCAAGAGACGACAGGACAGAGGAAGCACUGGGACGAGCCCAUGUCGAGCCCGUCGGAGUGCUGCGUUGCGUUUCGCCCAAGCGGCAUGCCUGACCAGGCGAGAUGGAGAGCUGAGAAGUGGCCGCCGCAGCCAAUCGCCGGCGGCCGGCGGCAGUCAUCCGCGACAGCCAGGCGACCGCAUUCUCACGACGCCGUCAUGCGAGGAGACGCUGUGGCUAGUGAGUCCAAGAGAAAGGGACGUCACCGUCUGCUUCCCCUCCAUACCAGCCCUGGCAGUUCCAUGGCCGAUGAACCGUCCCUACAACACGAACCGCUGUCUCCUUUCGCCCUGGUUACGACGGAGUACAGAGUCCUGUCUUCAGAAAUUUCUCUGCCUAGCAUCGCCCACGAUGAUGACUCGGCAUGGUGGCUUGGCCUCCACUGA